GUGAGUGGCCCCGUUGCCCAGCAACCAGGUGGCAGCGUCCCCUGAGCCAGGAUCGUGCAGCUGCGCCCAGCCCUGCCCUACCCUGCUUCUCACGGGCCUGCAGGACCCCUGGGGCCCUGUGCUUAUUCCCCAAGACUGGGACAGCUGGGGCCUCUGGUCACAAUGAACAUUGUUCUCUUCAGGGACAGCCAGGUGAGGGCGAUGGAGAGCACAGUGACCAACGCCGAGAAGUACUUCGGCCGGUUCUGCUCGCUGCUGGCCGCCUACACCCGGAAGACAGCCCGGCUGCGGGACAAGGCCGACCAGCUGGUCAAGCAGCUCAUUGACUUCGCCAACACGGAGAACCCCGAGAUGCGGGCCACCAUGAGGAACUUCGCCGAGGAGUUGGCCAAAGUGCAGGACUACCGGCAGGCCCAGGUUGAGAGGCUGGAGACCAAGGUGGUCACCCCCCUGAAACUCUAUGGGCCUCAGAUAAAGCAGACGCGGGCCGAAAUCAAGAAAUGCAAACAUAUACGGAAUAAUGAGAUCAAACAACUGGAAAAGUUGGAGAAACUGAGGCAGAAGUCACCUUCGGAUAGGCAAAUGAUCUCCCAGGCAGAGACCAGCGUGCAGAAGGCCUCGGUGGACGCCAGCCGCACCACCCACCAGCUGGAGGAGACAGUCGACGCCUUCCAGACGCAGAAGCUGAAGGACCUGCAGAAAAUUUUUUCGGACUUCGUGACCAUUGAGAUGGUCUUCCACGCCAAAGCGGUGGAGGUGUAUUCCAGCGCCUUCCAGACGCUGGAGAACUACGACCUGGAGGGGGAUCUGCAGGAUUUUAGAGCCAAGAUGCGCGGAGUUACUGGGUACAAUGAUGCCCGGCCCCGCAGGGACACCGCUCCCUCCGCAGCUGUUCCGUGGUCUCGCCCCUGCCAGAGCACCCAGAGCACCAUGCGCAGCCAGAGAAAAGAAGAGGCGGCGAGUGAGGACGACUUUGCUGAGGAGGACCUGGAGGAGGAACUCAGGGUCUGGGCUAGGGACUCCAUCAAUGGGACCAGAACUUCCAAGUUAGAAAACUAGGGGCCGGCCCUGGGUGUUUGGGGGGCCUCUGCUGCGUAUCCCUGGCGAAUCACAUGUCCUCUGAGCUUGUUUCCUCAUCUGCACAACAGGGACAGUCUCACUCGCCUCCCAAGUGCCCUGGGUUUCAAUGUGCCCAGCAUGGCGCCUGGUGCAUAGUAGGUGUUCAAUAAACAAUGGGGGCAUCCCGACCUGACUCGUGCUGACUCUCAUUUCCCACUGUGACCUGGGAACCCGAGUGUUUAAACCCUGUGUGUGUGUUGGAGUCCAAAUUCCCUCUUUUUGUAAGGAUGCCAGCCCCACUGCCCUAUCCAGUAUGACCCCAUCCUCACUAAUUACAAGUAAGAGUCUAUUUCCACUUUCGGAGGCCCUGGGAGUUAGGACGUCAACAUGUAAGUUGAUUCACCCCAUAACACAUGAACAUGGUGUGCAGGGAUGACCUUGGGAUUGGGGGACACAUCACAGAAGUCCAGGGAAGUGGAGGGGCGAUGCAGGUCAAGGGAGGGGUGGGCACAUGAUUUUCUCUCAGCAAGAGGAGAAUACCACACUUUACUCAUGAAAUCAUUGCAGGACUAACAUCCUCACCACAGUGAUUGUAUUACCCGAAGUCCAGCUCCCUGGCACCUCCUCAGGGAAGCCCACCCUGAUUCUACGAAGAAGGACAUUCUAAAAAUAACUAAAGCAUUCUAAAUUUUCUAUAUAAUAGGUAACUUAUAAAAUAACAUA